AAUCUGAGGGAUGUGGCGGUCGUUAAUGAACUACAACUCCCAGCAGCCUCCGUUCCCGCCACGGCCCCUGUCAGGCAGGAGUGGCCUGGCCGGACUCCGCACUCGGCGCGAAGCCGGAUCACGCGAGUGGGCUUGUAGGGAGAGGCCCGGCUGGUUGAGGGUCCUGGGGCUCGGAUUCUGGGGCCCUGAGCCUGGCGGGCCUGACCCCAACCCUGGCCCUGCCGCGCCGGGAGCCACUAUGGAGAGUAGGUGCUACGGCUGCGCAGCCAAGUUCACCCUCUUCAAGAAGGAGUGUGGCUGUAAGAACUGUGGCCGGGCCUUCUGUUCCGGCUGCCUUGGCUUCAGUGCAGUGGUGCCCCGGGCUGGGAACACCCAGCAGAAAGUCUGCAAGCAGUGCCACAAAGUCCUGACCAGAGGGUCCUCUCCUACCAACACUUCCAAGUGGUCACCACCUCAGAACUAUAAGAAGCGUGUGGCAGCCUUGGAAGCCAAGCAGAAACCCGGCACUCUUUGGAGCCAGAAACUGACCCAACAAGACCAGGUUAUCGCUGAGCGCCUGGCAAGGCUCCGCCAAGAGAACAAGCCCAAGUCCGUGCCCUCAGAGGCAGAGAUAGAAGCCAGGCUGGCUGCGCUGAAGGAUGAACCCCAGGGUUCCAUCCCUUCCACCCAGGAGAUGGAGGCACGCCUUGCUACAUUGCAGGGCAGAGGUCCACCCUCUCAGACCCUCCAGCCGGUACAUCAGCCACCAGACAGCAGGACCCAGGCCCAGCAGGCACAGGAUCUGCUAACACAGCUGGCAGCCAAGGUGGCUAUUGAUGAGAGCUCCAAGCCAGCUGCCUCUAUCCAGAACGACCUCAACCAGGGUGGCCCAGGGACCUGGAGUGCUUAUUCCAAGGGGCAGGCCACCUGGUCCCUGGAGGAGGAAAAGAGCAGGCUGCUGGCUGAGGCAGCGGUGGAGCUGCGGGAGGAGAACACAAGACAGGAGCGGAUCCUGGCCCUUGCCAAGCGACUGGCCGUGCUGCGGGGGCUGGACCCAGAUACAGUGACCCUUCAGGACUAUCGCCUCCCAGACAGUGAUGAUGAUGAGGAUGAGGAGACAGCCAUCCAGAGGGUCCUGCAGCAGCUCACUGAAGAGGCUGCCCUGGAUGAGGCAAGUGGCUUUAACAUCCCUGCAGAGCCGGCUCCCCAGUCUCGCACCCAACCCUGCAGGGCAGAGCCUGAGGCCCAGGCCGUGGCCCCCAGGUUUGAGGCUGAGGAAGAGGAGCUCCCCUGGUGCUGCAUCUGCAAUGAGGAUGCCACACUGCGCUGCACGGGCUGCAAUGGAGACCUCUACUGUGCCCGCUGCUUCCGGGAGGGCCAUGAUGCCUUUGAGCUUAAGGAGCACCAGACGUUUGCCUACCGCCCCCCAUAUGCAGGCCGAGAGCACUGAGGAAACCCCAGUCCCCCAGGAAGGCAGUCCUACAGGCACUGCCUCAGGCCGGUGCACCCACCCUGGGCCCAGCCUCGGGGCAUCUGACAGGAGACUGCUGGCAGCAGCAGGCUAAACUGCUGAUGGAUACGCCCCUUCCUGAAUUUUGGUG